CUAUUUAAAUUUGAUAUAUUUUAAUAAUUAAUUUUUUCUAUGCCGUGACUAAAUUCAGUUUAAAAUAAGCCGUUUUUUAAUUGUUACUUGAAUAUUAAAAGCACUCGCAUAAGAAGCGUCAUCUUAAGAAACAGUAAUAAAAUGAAAGGUAUAACUCUGAUUGGUUUGGUAACUCUAAUAGUUACUUGUAGUGCGAUUUUUCCUCCUUCCGAUUUUGAUGAUAUUAUUAGAUAUCUUGAGGUUCUUCCAAAUAGGAUUAGUCAACGAGAUCUCAUGACAAAUCUGAAAGAUUCCGCUGAUCAAGCAAUGGACAAAGCUUCUGGGUUAGGGGAUUCUGCGAAGGGUAUGGCCAGUUCAGUAUAUGAUAAAUGUGCUAACAUAGUUGCUGAUGGAAUUGAAUUUAUUGGUGGCCAUGCUACGAGUAUAGGUUUGGGAUCAAUUGGUGAUACUGCUAAUAAGGUUGCGUCACAAAUUCGUCCCAGAAUUUACGUACUGACAUAUUAAAUGGCAAUAAGCCAUUUUAAUAACAUUGUGUACUAAUUUUCAAAAGAAUAAAAAAACUUACAAAAUAUUAUAACGAUAGUCUAAUUAAUUUAUAGUUUAUUUAUUUAAAACACACUAUUUACAAUUUAUUUAUG